AUGGCAGACUUGGAAAACAUGCUUCUUGAGGCAGCCGGUAGGAAGAAUUCCCCGGUGAGAAAGCGAAACAAGGUUCGAAACUCGAGAACGAAACAUGAGGGUGCAUCAUUCUCAGAUGGUGGAAGUGAUGAUUCCAAAGAGGAAGACUCUGAUAAAGUUACUUGUAAUGCAAGCAAAAGGCCAACAACAUGUGCAUCUAAUGUUCCAUUGAAGAAGAGGUUGGAAUUAGAAGUAAGCAAAAGAGGUAAUAAUAAUAAUAAUGAGAAUGGAAACAAAGGAAAAGGAAGUGAUCAAUUGAAAGAUGAAAGAGAAGAUGAUGAUAGCAGUGAAGAAUUUGAUCUUGGUAAUGAUCUUUACAAGAAUGAAGGUGAUAAACAAAGGCUUGCAAAGAUGACAGAACUUGAAAGAGAAAUGAUUUUAUCAGAUAGAGCAACCAAGAAAAGUGACAAAGAGAUAAAAGAUAAAUUCAGAAUGAAAAGGGAAAAUGCAAUUGGAAAACCAAAAGCUUCUUCUAAUUCUAAUCAUUCAUCACCUCUUCCUUCGUCUACCAAGAUUCGUUCAUCGGCUAGACAUGCCGAGAAAACAGCUGCGAAAGGCGAUGUUUUAAGCGAAUUGCGAGCGAAAAGGAUGAAGCAACAAACACUAGACAACAACAAUGGAAAAUCAGAAAUAGGGUCAAGUAGUAGUAGUAGCAAAGGAGCAAUGAAGAAGAAGCAGAAGAUGACAGAAACUAAGUUAGAAAUUAUUAGUCCAAGUAGCUCUAGUCAAAGUGAGAGUACUGUCAGGUCUGAAAGUGAAAGAGAAUCUUCUGACGACGACGGCGAAUUGGUUGACAGUGAUGAUGAUAAGAACAUGGAUGAAUUAGAUAAACCAACAUUUGAGGAUAUAAAGGAAAUUACCAUUAGAAGAUCAAGGCUUGUAAAAUGGCUGAAUGAACCAUUUUUUGAGGAACUAAUGGUUGGUUGUUUUGUUAGAAUUGGUAUAGGAAAAUCAGAAAAAGGACCUAUUUAUAGACUUUGCAUGGUUCAAAGAGUUGAUUGUGGUGACCCUAAGAAACACUAUAAGGUAGAAAAUAGAGUCACACAUAAGUAUCUAAUUUGUGUAUGGGGAAGUGAAAAUUCUGCUGCUAAAUUUCAAGUAGCUGUGGCUUCAGAUUCUUCACCAUUAGAGAAAGAGUUCAAACAAUGGUUAAGAGAAGUUGAGAGAACAUGCAGCCAUAUGCCUAGUAAGCAAAAUGUGUUGGAAAAGAAGGAAGCAAUAAGAAGAACAAACACAUAUGUUUACUCAGCAGCCACAGUGAAACAAAUGUUGGAGGAGAAAAAAAGUGCACCAUCUAGGCCGUUGAAUGUUGCGGUCGAAAAGGAUCGUUUGAAGAACGAGAUGGAAAUAGCGAAAAGCAAAAAUGACGAGGCGUGGAUUGAUAGGAUAAACGCAAAGUUGGAAGAUUUGGAAGCGUCGCGUCGAGCUCGAGAGACCGAUGUUAAGGCUAUUAGGCUUACUGAAAUGAACCGAAAGAAUCGCGUUGAGAAUUUUAAAAGCUUGUCUGAGUAUAGACAGAUGAAUGCAAAUUUGAAAGAAGGAGAGGAAGGGUAUGAUCCCUUUUCUAGGAGGUGGACAAGGUCAAGAAAUUACUACAAUGAAAAUCAAGGAAAAGAGAUUAAAGGAGAAAAAGAUGAAAAUGAUAAGGGGAAAGAAAAAAUUGUUGGUGUUGAGGAAACAAAAGAAUCACUGGAAGCUGCUGCUAAUGCAGGGAAGUUAAUUGAUACUAUUGCUCCUGUGGAUUGUGGAACAGAAUCAAAUAUGUUGCAUGAUUUUGAAUUGUCAAUUUCAUUGGUUGAACUUAAGAGUUUUGGUGGAAAACAAGAACUAAGAAGAAAUGUGUUUUUUGAUAGGAAACAAAAAAUAGAAGCAACAGUUGGUUAUCAAGUUCCUGAAAAUGAUGGGAGAAAACAUGCUCUUACAUUAACCAUUAGUGACUACAAGAGAAGAAGAGGGCUUCUUUGA